UUCGCUGCUUGUCUUCCUGUGAGCCGCGGGUAGAUGGAGUCCUCUCUGGAGUUCUCCGGCUCUCUGGGCAGCGUGUCGUCGCUCGCCAGCCGCUGCCGGACCUUCAAGGUGCUGGUGAUCGGGGACUCCGGGGUGGGGAAGACGUGCCUGACGCACCGCCUGUGCGCCGGAGAGUUCCCCAGCAGGAUGGAGGCCACCAUCGGUGUGGACUUCCGCGAGAGGCUGCUGGACGUCGAUGGAGAGAAAAUCAAGCUGCAGCUGUGGGACACGGCGGGACAGGAGCGCUUCAGGAAGUCCAUGGUGCAGCACUACUACCGGAACGUGCACGCCGUGCUCUUCGUCUACGACCUGAGCUGCCCGUCCAGCUUCAGCGGCCUGACGUCGUGGCUGGAGGAGUGCCGGCAGAACUCCGUGAGACAGGAAAUACCCAGGUUCCUGGUGGGGAACAAGACCGACCUCCGGGAGUCCCGGCGGUCCGACGGCCUGGUGAGCCAGGAGCGGGCGCUGGACUUCGCCCGGACUCACCACAUGACGUUCUUCGAGACGUCCGCCAAGAGCUCGCCGAAGCAUCGCAGUAAGGGACGGCAGCCCGGCGGCGGCGGCGGCGCUCCAGGUCAGCAGAGCGCAGUGGAGGACGUCGUCGCCGCCAUCGGAGCCAAACUGAAGGGACAGAAGAAGCCGUCGGUGUCGAGUCCUCCGGCGUACAGCGGGUCCUUCAAACUGUCCAACCAGAAGAACCCGGAGAAGGACGUGUUGAGCUGCUGCUGA